AUGCUAGGCUCCUUUGGAGUAGCAAAUACGGAAGGGAGUGACGUUGCUGGUGUAAAAUCAUCAUCUGGUGGCAAGUUUGGCUCUGUUGGUGGAUACGGGCGGGAUUGGUGCUCUGUCAGAAGGAAAGGGUUUGGUGGUGGUGAUAAAUCUGGAAUAGAUGGAGUGACCGGAGGAGUUAGUCAUGGAAAUAUUGGCGUUGGAGGUGGUGAAAGAACUAGCGGUGGUGGUGAAAAUACAAAUGGUGGUGGUGUUGAUGGAACUAAUGGUGGAGGCGGUGACAACGACGGUGAGGAUGAAGGUGGUGGAGCAGAAGUAACCGGUGCCGGGGAAGGUAAAGGAAGUAAGGGUGGUGGUGAUGAGACUAAUGGAGGAGGGGAUGGUAAUAAAGGUGGUAAAGGCGACGGCAAUGGCGGAGAUCUCCUAUGA